AUGAAGUUGGCCCUCGAGGAGGAAGAGGAAGCAGAGUCAAUUCGACUCAAGAAGCAGGAGGAGCAGGUGGCAGCCGUGCGUGCAGCCAACCUUGCGGCACAAGCUCAACAUGCGCAUUCCUCAACAUCGUCGUCGCAAAGCACAUCCACGCCAGUAGCCCACAAUCCAAAUGUGAUUAUUGAGCAGAAACCCUUAUCUGCUCCUCAACCUCCUCAACCUCCCAAACCAAAACCUUCCACCCCAGUUCCCUUUCCAAUCUCGCAGCAAUCUAACGUGAUCUGCAGUCCUGCAGCUACGAUUCCGUCGAGUCCACAGUAUCCGAAUCCUAGUAGCUACGGAUUUCCGGCAAGUUGUUUUCUAUUUACAAAUUGUGUGGAUUUCGUCGAAACUUAG